UAGAAGAUAAUUGAUUGCAACAUCUAAAGGAAGAUGAUUCAUUGUGGGGGUAAUGAGAUCUCCACUUCUCUAUUUUUUUAUUCACAAGUUUAUAUGUGUGUUUUUCCAAGAUCUAUGUGUUUGACUGACAGGCUAAAGUCGUAUCACCUAGUCAAAAAUAAACCUAAUUCCACUAACAAGGUAGCAAGGGAAGUCAGGAUCGUAUCCACAGGGAAACAAGCGUUCUUUCUACUAUUAAAACUAAGGUCUAAACUAUUGGGAAACAAGAAAGUUGGUUGAUUUGUAUAUUAAAACUAAGACAAUAAUAAAAGAGGAAUAAAUAAGAUAUUAAGAGGUCUAGGGCAUAGGUUCACCAAUGAACAGCAAUCCGGGAUGAUAAACAAUAUUAAUAAUCAAUAGAACAGUUAAUUAGAUUAGCAUGCUCUCUCGAAUCGAUACUAAUCAUAGACUUAGAAUUAACGGGCUCUCGCUACGUAUUAAUCCCAGUUCUACCUAUUGACACAAGCCUAAACAUCAAAUUGCAUCUCUCGAAUCUUAACUUGAUAUUGCUAGACUAAUACAAUUAGACCUGCGCAAAUCUAAUCGCAUAGUAAAUGAAAUCAAUCAAUAGGAAUUAACCACAAUACCAACAAUCAACAACAUUCAAUCAUCCCUUCAUAUUAAUUCAUGGAUUCCCAAAACCCUAGAAUAUAAACUACUCACAAAUAUUUAAUUUAAACAAAGCAAACAUGAUUAAUGAAAACAUAAUUAAAAUUGAAUAAAGAAGGAAAGAAAUAAUAAAUACCAAAUUGAAGAACAAAUGAUGAAAUUUAAAGUUUGAAACUUGAAAGCAAUAAUAAAAGUAAUUAACAAAAGUUUAGAGAAAGAAUAAAAACUAAGCAAUAAACUAAGGUACUAGAAAAUAAAAUCCCAAAUAAUAUGUCUAAGGGCUAUAUUUAUAGUCUUGCCCAAAAGUAAAAGAAAAAAACCGGAAACAAAGCAAAAAUCCGCGCCCAGGAAUUGUCGUCGCCCGAUCGGGCAAUGGGCCGCCCGAUCGGGCGAUCUUCUCGUCAAACUGCACGAUCCCGUAUCUUAAAAAUACCAUAUAUCCUUCGUUAUAAGUCGGAAUUAGGCGAGUGACCACUCGUUGGAAAGAUCUUGAAGUCUAGAAUCCAACCCAAUUUGAAUCGCUGCAUUUGGAGUUGUAUAACUCGAGUUAUGAUCAAAAGAGUGGACGACAUUCAGUUUUCUACUUCUUUCACUAUUCGCUUUGCAUGAAAAUUCUUCCAACUCAAUGUUUGCGCUCUCGAAAGUAUAUAAUCUCUUGUAUUGAUUCAAAUAAGUAGGAAAUGCACAAAAAUAUGUUAAUUCCUACAAUGAUGAACCUGAAACUACAAACACACUACAAGGAGCACAUUAGUACUAAAAAUCGCUCCGAAGAGCUCAUUUGAGAUCAAAAAGUACUAAGGGACGGGGGUAAAAACUCUAUAUAAAACGCAUAUAUCAUUGACGGAAAUCAGAGACACAUUCGUGUGUGAGACAUGAGCUAAUGAUGUAUUUCUUGUGAAUGUGAUACACCAUUGGAGUAUGGGAUGAUGACGAGCUAGAGAUUAAGGCUUUACAUGUGCUUAGCCCCAUAGACCUAGGCCUCUUGAUUGGAUGGUGUCGUGAGAAGUUCUGGUGGAUACAUUGCUUAAUGUGUUACCUUCAUAGACCUGUUGGCUUUCCAGUUAGACUGGCCGUGAGAUGGUUGGUAUAAACAUUGAUAUGUAUGAUAGCCUCAUAGACCGAGGUCACUCGUGUUAGUGAUGUCAUGAGAUGUUCUUGUUGGUUUUCUUGUAUCUAGCCUCAUAGACCGAGGUCACUUGCCUAAGUGAUGUCAUGAGAUGCCCUUGUAGAUAUGGUUUUUCUUGCUUAACCUCAUAGACCGAAGCCAUUCGAGUUAAUGGUGUCAUGAGAAGAUCCAUAUAACUAGCCUCACAGACAUAGGCCAUUCGAGUUAGUGGUGUCGUGAGAUGACCGGUGAGUUGUAUAGAUGGAAGGUUGAACUUAAAUGUUCUUAAUGUUCGUGCGGAACACCUACGUGAGUGUGAAGGGAUGGCCUCCUUCUAUGAAAGAUUGUGCGUAUGUCUUACUAGAGCACUCACUAGAAUCCCAAGGUAUUCGGGGCCAUGUACGAAAGACCAUGUCUUUCAUGUACGAUUGUCAUGUCGUGUAUGGAUUUCUUUGAGUAACUGUAUAAUUUGUAUUCAAUGAAAUAUCAUGUAUAUCGCGGAAUUGCUCAAGCUCCUAUGGCAAGGUAUGUGUUGUCGGGUUCCUUCUACUAUCUAGGAGUUCAAUCCUUUGGACACUCUCUAGAUCGUUGAACACCCCACUCCACUAUGUGUUAGUUCAAACCUUUAGGAAACUAACAUUUAAGUACCAAGCUAUUCAUUUACUGCUCAUGUUUCUAGGUCUCAUGUCCGUAUGCAUUAGUGGGGGAUUGUAGGAAAUAAUAAUGCAUUCGGAGUUUUUUAAGUUUGGGCUCGGUCAGGUUAAAUGGCCCAGUGGACCGGUAGGACUUGAACCCACCUUGUUUUGUUUCCUUUCUUGUGAAACAUAUAAAUGCUCCCUAUUAUUCUUUUCCUAGUAAUAUAUAAUAUUCAGAUGUAUGGAGAGACACAAAACCCUAAACAAAACCCUAAUAUCUUCAUUCGAGAUCUGAGCAGUUCUUGAGCAAUUCCAACCUUUGAGUUCGGGGUGUAGAAUUCAGAGGUGUUGUGUUAACCUUGGGGGGCGUUCGUCACUAUAAGCUUGCACCGGUAGGGUGGCGAAAUUCGCUUCUAAGGCAGUGGCCUCCAUACCACGAUACAACGCUAUUCUUAUGAGAUCUACAAUCAAGUAAUAUCCUCUCCUUGUAUAUAGUUAUUUUCGGUAUCAACAGAACUUUUACCUACAACCUUAUCAGCCCAUCAUGCACUAUAAUCAUACCCUAAAUCAAUCUUAACUCCUUUCUUUAAUACAUCUAUGAUCUAUCACAAUAGUAGUAUAAAAAGUAAUGGAGAAAAGGUUUGAAUCUUGUACCUCCAACAACUUUUAACUUUCAAGUUAAAAUUACUACUGGAGCUAUGGAGUAUAUUAGACAUUAGACAUGUGUUUUAUAAUGCAUAUAAAUUUUUUAAAUAAUAUUACAGGGAGCCAUGACUUCCGCCAACCCCCUAUUUCCGCCAUGGACUUUGUUUACAUUGUAUGAUUGUACGUAUGAGCGGUACGUUCGAAAUACGAGUAUACAAUUAAAAUAAUUAUUUAAUAAUACUCUUGUACAAUACGGAGUAGAUGACAAUAAUAAUCAAACAUACAGUAAGUAUUGUAUUUAUUUAAGAAUGUAUGACAAAAUCACACUUGAUAUACUAUACUCAAUAUAUGCAGUACUUACUGAUGUACGAAGUAUACAUUACCGUCAAAAAAAGAUGCAUCACUAUUUUUCUUGUUUUUAAUAAAUCAAAAUAUAGGUUUUUUUUUUUUUUUAAUUGAAAUUUGCAUUAUUGUUUUCCUUUUCUCCCAAGUUUCCUCUCUCGGUGCACGUUAGCUUAACGUGAGCCGUAGCCAUGGCAAGAAAAACUGGGUCGAAAACUCAAGGAAACAGGCAUGGAAAUGGCAAUGGAAGACCACGAGGACCAUCUUCAGAUUCUCAAGCGCUGAAAAUUCGUUCGAUGGACGAAGUUCUGGGUGUAGAGGCAUUGGAUUUUGGUAUUGAGAAUGAAGUUUUCACUCCAGAUUCUGGGUUGCGACAUCUUUAAAUUCGAUCAGAAGUAAGGCAUUCAUUCAAUGAAUUUAUGGAAGUCAUCCAUGGUUCAGCAAGCCAGGUUAAUGCAGAUUCUACCAUGGAUCGUGUAUCCUUCGAAGACAAGGGCGUAGUGGACGUACCCGCUUGGCUGUCCGAGGUAUACACUGAGGACAUUCUCAAGGCCGUGGAGGCCAAGAAAAAGGAAUCCUCCAAGAAGUCCGACAAGGGUGCCUCUGGUGACGUCGCCAAGGAGCCCACUUCGUCAGCUACGAUGAAGCGUCCUGCAUCUUCGACGGUGGCUCUUAAGCCAAAGCGGCCCUUCUUUAAGAAGAUGGGUACGGCCGAUGCUGCAGCAAAGCCGUCGGUAUCAAAACCGUCUACUCCCCCAGCUGGGGGAGAGGUUCUUCUUAACCAGGCGUCCAUUCCUCCACCUGAGAAUAAGGAAGUCUCUCCCCAGGUGGACACCGAGGGGGAUUCCGCUGCCAGAGCGGCUGCUGACGAAGUAGCAGCUGAACAGGCUGAGGCUGCUGGCGCCACCACCUCGUCCAAGGAGGACAAGGGUAAAGGCAAGGAAGCUGAAGCUCCUUCUACUGAUAAUGCCUUCAUGCCUCCUUCAGCUUUGCCGAUUGUUGAGAUGUUCAAACGGAUGCGGCGUGCCGAGGUGGCGAGCAUCCCCCCUUCUGACGGUUUUAGCUCAGAGGUGAAGGAUAAGAUCCUUUCGGACGUGUAUGCGGCCAUUUCUGAGGAGUAUGUGAGGUCACUCCCCGGGAUUGACUUGGGGUUCUUUGGGUCCAUUCAGUCCCUCGUUCUUGAUCUCUUCAUCCGUUGUGCCGAGAGUAGGAACUACCACUUCGAUAUGCAUAAUGAGAUGCUCAAGCACAAGGACCAGAUUGAGAAUCAUGAGCAAUAUGCUGAGAAGACGGCCGGAUUGAUCAACUUGGACGCGGACAAGAAGAUUAAGUCCGAAACGGAAGAUUUGAGGAAGGUUGAGGAGGACGCCCAGAAUUAUAAACGGAAAUUGCUGGAGCAUGAGGAGAGGCUGGCCGUGCUGAGAAAGGAGUACUCCUCCGUCUCGGAGCGGGUGACCAAUUUCUCAUCCAAGGUGAACGUCCUGGAGGGUCAGCUCAAGGCCAUGCAGGGGGAGAUUGAAGCCGUGCGCAAGGAGACUGCGAGCUCUUUCAAAUUAGGCAAAGAGUCCAUUUUGGAGAGUGCCCAAAGGGCGUGGGAUCAGUCUAUGGAUGGGAAAGACUUUUCCUGGUUCAAACGUCGUAUCUCCUACCAGGUGGCCGUUUCGACGGCUAGACGCCUAGGCUUAGAUCCCCCUGAGUUCGUUAGCGACGGGGAGGAGGACAUGGAGGAGGAAGAAGUGAAUUCCCCUGAAGGCCAAGACGUCCAGGACGGGAGUUUUAUCGCCCCUCAUCCUUGAGCAGCUUUUCAUGUAGUUGGUUUGAAUGACGCCGUUGGCGUUUGUAAUAACUUUGAUGCCUUUUGGCAUUUAUUUGAUUUGGUUUGUUUACGCCAUGAGCGCAUGUAUAAACAUUUUGUGCCUUCGUGCACUUAUUUUAUUUUAAUUCCAUUUCAGUUCGUUACUGAUUUCUUGGGAA